AUGCCUCUACGCCUUUACUCUUGCGAGACUUUGGUUUCGUUGAGACUCCAAUUCGUGGGGUUUCAUGAUUUCGAGUUUGUUUCUUUACCUAAUCUCAAGAUUAUGCAUUUAGAUGAUAAUCUUUACGCUGAUGAUUUGGUUCUUGAGAAGCUUAUCUCAUCCUGCCUUGUGCUUGAAGAUUUGACAAUUGUUAGAAAUGUUGAUGAAACUGUAAAGGUUUUACGAGUCCGGUCUAAUACACUAAACAGUCUCAAACUCGUUCUUGAUAGUUCCAAGUCUUGGUAUAUUGAUGAUAGUGAUGAUUGGGAGGUUUUGAUUGAUGCUCCUCGGCUUACGUAUCUGAGUCUUGAGGAUGAUCAGUCGGUGAGUUUUGGGAUAAGAAGUUUGGGAUCAGCUGCAAAGGUAGAGAUUGCUGUGAGUUUCAAUGUGAAUGAUAUUUGGGAUUUGGAUGAGUCAACGGAGAGAAACAGCUCUGUUGGUAAACUGCUCAAUGGGCUCUCGAGCGUGAGGGACAUGACUAUAAGUGGAACAACUCUGAAGAUCAUUUGUCAAUAUAUGAAUUUAGAACGGGUUCCUCAUUUUCACAACAUGACUCGGUUGGAAACAAAAUUCUAUAUGACUGAUUUGGAACUGUUGCCAGAGUUUCUUGAGAGCUGUCCAAAUCUCCAAUCACUUGUUUUGAAGCUGAAAGGUGUAACAUGCAAGAAGGAAACUAGCUUCUCAUCGAUGCCAAAAUGUUUGCAAUCAAGCCUAGAGUAUGUUGAGAUGACCAGACCAAACUGUGAACCUAUCAUCGUUGCGGAAGUCAUGAGCUUCGGGAAAUGUAAUAGUAGUUGCAAAGUCAAUGUUGUGCGACUUGAAAAUGAAAGUUAA